AACCCUCACAUAUUAUCGAGAACUCCCCAAAAUCUUAACUCUUCAAAUCAUAAAAAAAAAAAAAAACAAUCAACCAAAUAUAUUUUAAUUUCCAUGGCAAUUUCCAAAUCAUUAUUCUUGAACUUUUUGGUGAUCUGUUGGUUAGGCUAUUCUCAAGUAUGCGGCGGCGCCGGGGAGCCGCUGCCAUGCAUUCAGAAACUGAUGCCGUGCCAGGCAUAUCUGAAGGGAUCGGCGCCGCCGUCGCCGGCGUCGGCGUGCUGCGUGCCGCUGAAAGAGAUGGCGGCCGGCGACACCCAUUGCCUCUGCGCCGUCUUCAACAAUAAGGCCUUCUUGAAAACUCUCAACGUCACGCAGGAAGAUGCUCUCAAUCUUGCCAAAACUUGUGGUGCCACUGCUGAUAUAUCCAUUUGCUCAAAAGAGGCUUCACCACCUUCUGUUCCAGCUGCUCCUUCUUCAAAUAGUUCGGAGCCGAAGAAAAAUGCGGGCAGCAAGGCGUCACAUGUUGGAGGCUCUGUGUUGGCGGCCGCCAUUUUCAGUAUUAUUGUUUAUCUAUUUUAGAGAUAUUUAAAUUUAAUUAAUGGAGAAUUGGUUAGUUCGUAAAUGCGCUUCUUUGAUGGGAACAUAUCUGUUGUGAUAUUUUCUCUUUCGGCAUGCUUGUUUUGGAACUGCAGUGCACGAAAAUAUAGAGAUGUAUACCUAUUCUCUCUCUCUCAA